AUGGCGUUCCAUACGUGGGAUUUAGGACAAUUCCAUGGAAAUGGCCGAGUAGUUACGACUGAGUUUCACAGGAAGGCCGAAGAGGCAGAUUUCAGAAGAUAUAUUUGUUUAACUAUGGCCAAUCAAAACCCAGAGACGCCACCAAAAAAGUAUGAUAUCGCGAGUUUAGAGGGCGAAGAAAUAAUUGAACGGAAAACUCCGAGCGGAUACACAACUAAAUACGUUAAGUUACAUGGACAUUGGAGAACAUUCGACCACGUUGUAUCCGGAUUCAUUCCUGACCCAAGGUCACAUGUACCGGAAGUCCGUCAGAUGGAAGUAUUUGAUGAUGAUGUUUUCAUAUAUGCCUAUCCAAAAUGUGGCACUCAUUGGGUAUGGGAAAUGAUUUUCAUGCUACAAAGAGGAAAGGCUGAAUAUGACAAACGACCCAAAGAGGUCGCCAUGUUAGAAUUUCACUCUCUAGAUAAGUUAUGCGAGGAGGAAAGACCAAGGGUUUUUAAUACCCAUUUAUAUCCCAACGAGGUACCCACUUCUUCGCUAGAGGGAAAAGGAAAGGCCUUGAUCUUACUAAGGAAUCCGAAAGAUAUAGCGGUGUCUUUUUUCAAUCAUAUAGAAGACCUGAAAUUUAAAACGUCCAAAAUGACAUGGGAGGAUUGGGUGUAUUUCUUUAAUAAAUAUGGAGGAAUAAUCGAUUGGUUUGAAUACACCAAGGAAUGGGAAAACGAAAGUAAGAAAAAAAAGAGGACAUACUUAUGUCUACACUACGAACAGAUGAAGAAGAAUCCACUUGCUACUGUGAAGUCUAUAGCUGACUAUCUAGGCAUCCCUUGUACAGAUGCUUUAGCAGAGGAAAUAGUUCAUAAAUGUAAGAUAGAAAACCUGAGAGUCGCCAACAGAGAGAAAUUUGACCACAGGAACCAAAGUGGUCCUAACCCUGAAAUGAAUGACCCGGAUAAAAUGUACAGAAAAGGAGAAGUGGGAGAUUGGAAGAACUGGUUCACUGUGGCACAGAGCGAGGAGUUUGAUCGAGUUUUUAAAACAAGGAUGGCUGAUUCAAAAUUUAAAUUUACUUAUGAAUAAGUCAUUUAUUUUUUAAAAAACCUAGUCAUAUUUAACAAAUACAUAUACAUGUACCUUUUGAACCAAAAAAAAAAAAUCCACGAAAAAAAUUAAGUUGGUGGAAAGCGCUUCUCUGUUAUCUAAAUAGGAUGUUUUAACAAACGUCCCGACUUUUGAUGUCUGUAUUUUCGCAUAAUAAUAA